AGACUGGCAUCAAGCAUUGUUGGUCUAUCCACCACAGCGCUAAUCUAAAGACAAGAAGCUCUCCUUGUAUAUUAAGUGCCUAUUUAGGACUCACAAAGACAGUUCCCUCUUUUUUCCAAACUUGUUCUUCUUGCUCGACCGAGAAGUGUGCCGUAGGAGUGUGAGUGAUUUAUUCUUGGGCAGGGACAAGGAAAGUGUGACCGAAGAACACAUUUCUUCUUCAGUUUUUUUUCUGACGUGCCUAAAUAGUUUAACGAUCACCUGUAAGACUUUUACCGGCACUUAUUUAAAGACUUGGUUUUACCGGCUGGUCGAUUUUUUUCCGUGACCGAUGACAUGUCUCCGAAAUCUUAAACCUCCUAAGUUGGGAGAGCGCCUCUUAUUUAAGUCAACCUCAUCAAAAUAUUCCACGGGUUACAAACAAUGCUUAUUUAAAGCAUUCAUCUGGAUAGUUUAAAUUCAAAUGAAGAGACGAUUUUCUAUAUCCAAGUAUAUAAACUGGAAACUAGAACAAUCAGAGUGACUUCGGAGUUUUGACACAUUUUAAAACUUUGAAUCUCUUUUCCGUACGCAACAUCCGAGAUGGCAUGUAUGACCACUACCCACGAUUCGUGUUCAAUAUUAAGUUCGCAUGUUGGAGAGCGGUGUUAUAUGAACAAUAUGGAAGAUUCGAAUAUUCCUGAAGACUUGAGUAUGCGACCUCGUGAAACAGUGAUUUGGUGUCCAGCUGACGACGUGAUCGAGACGGGCGUUGAUGACGAAUCAUUGGCGAGUUCUUCGACAUCUCCGUCGGCAAGGAAACGUGCCGACAUCAAUGAACAUGAGAUAACCCUUCGCAAGUCUACUGUAUCGUUUUCGAACCAUGGAGAACGAUUUCGGGAAGCGAUUUCGACGAUGUCUGAACGAGAUGAGAGGUAUCUCCCUACGAUACCAUUUCCCGAACCAGGGGAGACGUACCGUGAUUCGAUUACGGCAAUGUCGAGCAAUGCCGGCAAGUUACCAGACGCAGACGUCAGUAUUCCACUGACGACAUCAACAGCCACUUUACCAAAGGCAAAGGGGAAACCAACAUAUCAUCGCCAUCCUAAACCACCAUUUUCUUACAUUGCUUUGAUUGCCAUGGCAAUUCGGGAUUCUCCAUCUGGGAAACUCACCUUAGCUGAGAUUAAUGAAUAUUUGAUGAAGAAGUUUCCUUUCUUCCGCGGUAGUUACACUGGUUGGCGAAACUCGGUUCGUCAUAAUCUCUCUUUAAAUGAAUGCUUCCGUAAGAUACUCCGUGAUCCAUCUCGACCAUGGGGUAAAGAUAAUUAUUGGACAAUCAAUGAAAGUAGCGAAUACACCUUCGCUGAUGGAGUUUUUAGACGUCGAAGAAAGCGUAUUUCAAAAAGAGCGGCACAGAAUAAAAAAAAUCAAGAGCGACGGGAGAAGGAGUUCGCAAUGAGGGAGCAACAAAAGAUUUCAAAGUUUUCUGGACCUUUUAGCAUUGAUAGCAUUCUCGGGGAAGACGAUGAUAGUCGAGAUAAUGAUCACGAAGAAGAUGUCGAAAUGGCAUUAAGUGAACAAGACUGUAAAGAAAUAAAUGAAUCUGUGAGUAUGGCAAAGUCCUCAUCAUUGCGUGCCGUGGUUGAUCAGCGUAUCAGGGAUGCAGCAAAUGCGGCGGCGGCUGCGGCAGGAGCCCCUCCACUCAUGAGUCGCAUGAUACCUGCAGGGUUCGCCAGGAGCAUGAUACCGAUGUGGAAUUCUAUUUACCCGGGAUCUCGCAUCCCUUCUCGAUCACCCUUCCAGGGCAUCGGCUGCUGCCCGAUACCGCUGGCCCGUUACCCAGCGUUGGAAGCCCUACAGCACCACGCUAGACAUCAGUUUCAGCACGGUUCGGCACUUCCGUUCCCCGUGGCUAUGCCUGCUGGAGUCGUGCGGCCGGUCCUCCCCCGUCCAGGCCAUCUCAUUUACCCGCUCUGCCAACCCGCGUUCCGCACGGACAAUGCAAAAGGGUCCAAGUUUUGUAUUGACCACGUUGCAUCAUGAUAACAAAAUCACUUAACGAUCUUGAUUUAUGACUCUUAAAACUUCAUUUAUGAUUCAUACAAGCUUUGUUAUCUUACAUCAUAUUCAUGUCAACCGUUGUUGACUGUCAGAAUUUGUAAACAUUUUUGUUUGCGAUGUUUUGACAUUGAUUUUCCAGCCACCAUUUAUCCUUAUUCUAUCAUUCGUUUUCGCGUUGGAUACUGAAACAUGUCCCCUUUCAAAGAGUCCACCCACUUACAUACACCCACGUCUGCAUGGCAUUCAAUUUAUAUAUAAUGCAUGUAAUAAUGACAUGUCUUCAAUUGAUGCUAUGUCAAUUGAACAUCAUACUACAGUGUACUAAUACAAUUAUAGUUUAUUGAACUGAACGGUUUGAACCCCGCAGUCAAUUAAAUCGUAUGAAUGAACGAAACUAUUGAACGAUUUCUGUUAUGAAUCCUGUCAUUUCCCAAGCUUUUACGUCUACGUCGACAUGGUCGAAGAGCAGUCGAAUAGCAAUUUAUAGAAGUGAUUGUUCUAUCGUGAUAUCAAAAUUAUACCAAUGAUAAAAGUAUCGCAGGAUCAGGAGUAAGGAUGUGAUAUUUUUAGUACUGAAAAAGAUACAAAAUUGUUGAAAUUUGUGAAAAUCAGUAUUCUGUCAUGCCAUCGACGUUGUAUGAUACUGACUGCUAAACUGAGACAAUAAUGAGGUUGCCAGUGCUUAGAAACAUUGACUAAACGAUACACCAAAUGUUUUACAGAAUUAAUCAAAUACCCUAUAUGUUUUCAUUAUCGAGCGGAACAUCUAGCUUUAGGAAUCGAACGAUAUAGAUUUACCAAACUUUAUUUAAUUUACCUUUGUUCAUUAAAUUUAUGUAUCUGUAGAUAUUUCAAUUCCUCAACGACUUAAACUACAAAUAAUAAGGGCUUAUUUGUAUUUUCAUAAUCAUUAAUGCUAAUUUUGCUCACAAUGAACGAAAUAACAAAGUUUGAACAAAACUAUAUCAAUAAGGCAUCUCAUUUAUACAUUAUCGUCAAUUUAGAGGUGUCUCGGCCGUGUAUAAUGAUUAACAAUUUUGUAAUUCACCCUCACUAUAAUAUGAAAAGUUUAAAAUUAUUUAUGCACUGAUUAUAUCCUUGUUAUAAAACGUUGUUUUAAAUUAUUUAAGAACACAUUACAAAGGUUUCUCCCUCAAUUUUCUUUUCACUGAUAAAAGUGUGAAGUCUAUGACACACAAUGUUUUAAUAUUUGUAGGGAUUUAAUUACAAAAAACGUUUUAAUAUUGCAAUUCAAUGAGAAAUAUGCUACGUUUCGGAGGUUAAUAAUCAAUGGGGAUAAUUAUGCUAUUCAUUUUGUACUGACAGAGAAGAUGGUUUCUUCGUAAAUACUUCAUGUUAAUUAAAUACAAAGUUUAGAAUCUUCAUAAUCAUGAUAAUGAUAAAAUUCUUAAUAUCUCAUGUAUCUUCAAACAACAAACACGCAACUUUACAAACAUACAUUUUAUGCAUAGACAUCAUUUUAAUUAUUUGUGUAUGUCUAGUUCCGGUUAUGUCAUGAUGAUUCCGCCCCCUUUUCUAUAUGAAUGUGUUCCUCAUGAAAUGAAAUAUGCAAUGUAAAAUGUAACUUUACAAAGUCAAUAAAAAUGAAAGAUAUCAAUGCAUGGUAUAUUAUUUGGAAGACAUAACAGAGUUCGAACGAAGGUAUUUUACACUAGAGGAAAGAUUCCCCCUUUUGUCACUGAUAAAAAUUGUGAUUUAAUAAAGAUGGAACGCAUUCAAUAAUAUUCUAAUCGAUCGUUGCAGAAAAUAAAGAUAUAGGCUACA